AAUGGCGGGCGGUUUGGAGGUGUGUUCAUGAUUUCCGAAGAAAACCACUUUCCUGCUUGAUAUAACCGAAUCGAAGUCUCCAAAAUWACACAGAAAUAGUUAUAAACACCUAGAGCCUUUAUCAGAAGAAUUUUAGUUCAGGGUUUUCGAAGGAUAACGAAAUCGUGACAUUCAUCACAAAACGGCGCCCGCCAUAUUGAAAUUGCAUCAUCCUACCUUGAUUUAGAAUCUGACUCAGCACGUAAAGUAGGGGGACUGGUGGACGUAUAAAAGACACAACCAACUUUUUGUUGGUAGUAUUACCAACACAACACAACARGAUAAAUAUUAUACAGCAUGGAUUGCGUUGGAAAGUCACAUAAUCUGGUUCUAACGACUACGAGAUCAACUCAAGAAUUUCAUUCAUUACACGCUUCAAGAAAAAUAUAUUGGACUGUUAGUUAUAUUCCRAAAAUAUAUUCUAAAAUCGUACACAAAGAGGAACAAGCCAUUAGCUGACAUUUUURAAAGAUUUUAGGUGUUUUYAUAAAGCUAUCAUGUUKGGAAACAUGUUGGAAGGACUGCUUCGGCUUAUGCUUCGUGUGUGGACKAUUGGAUUGUUCUACUUUCUUAAUAACCGAUUCUUAUCAUGGCUUAAAGAGUCAAGAACUCCAAAAAUACCCUAUCAAAAGUUUAUGACAUCAAUUGAAGAAGAGACAUUUGCCAAACCACACAAUAAGAAAAAUUCUGAACUUAAAUCAACUUCUUGGAAAAAUUUGAUAUUUAUUAAUAUGUUAAAUUCUAAGAACUKYGGUCUUCACUACGGCCAAAGGASARCKUUGUUUUUGCCGGACAGAAACAAGCAGUCAUAUUGUGACAAAGACRCAAUUGAAGACAACUAUAGCAAGUCAAACCURKUAAUUUCUUGGGAUCUUCCUUGUGCUCAAAGCUCAAAAGAUUUUGGAAAGGRUAUGCAAGAGUUUUAUGAUACAAGKUUUUCCAAGAAUUCRGUUCCUCWUCMGUGCUUUAGCAGAAACUUUUUAGAACCCRUAAUUUAUGAGGAYAGCCUCUUUGAAAAUUUUAUGGAGAAAGAAAGAGAAAARCAAGAGAAAAUGAGAUUCACAAUGGAACAGGAAAGGUUUAUCWCAAGAAAGAUGGACUCAGCAAUWUAUGAAGGRUAUUUUAGUGGACUAAAURAAACAAAGAAUCUACUUCAAAUGGAUAAUUUUMGCAAAAMGUCGUUUCCUUCUAAGGAMAUACACWGUAGUUUAGACAAUAUUAUUUGCAAUGGUGACUUGUGUAUGGAGAAARAAAGAAAAACSGCAUCAGAAAAUACAGGAAUUKGYUUCUGGCCAGAAGACAUUUGCUCUAGCUUUGAGAACGACAUGUGUGAGAGCUAUGUUGGUCACAGUUUGGAACCMAAAGAGGUUGAAAAACAUAACAACAUGGACAGUUUAGCUCAAGCAGAAAGUUUGUAUCCAAARGAACCUCAUUGUAGCAGUGCUGCAAGCAUAGACUCUGGUUUUCAAUCAUUYUGCAGCRUUAACAUGACUUACACUUGCUUGGAYAUUUGUGGUGUWACCCUCUUCAUCUCUAACAUCUCUCACAACAAGGAAGGACAAAUAAUCGCUAUGAAUGUUGGUUUUAGUGCUGCAGAAGACUCUUCUGAAGAAUCYAUCUUCUCAGAKGACGACGAAAGUGACAGUGAAAGUGAAAAUAUUUGCGACGAGGAAGAYGACUUYAAAUAUUGCUGUGAUAGUGAUGACGAUUUUAUUGUCUUUGACACUAAACAAAUYCCAAUGUCUGAACAGUUYUGCCGUAGUGAUUUAGAAGAAAUUACUGUUGAAGUGAACUUGAACACUCCUUGUCAAACAUUUGAUUUUAAAAUCUCUCAAACUUUAUCUCCCAAUGCGAAUUACUUUUGCCAUGUCAAUGUAGAUGAGCGUGAAAGAAAAACUAGUGCUAAAAUAGAUAAGGAGUUUGACUUUAAAACUGAUUUUCAAAUUGGGGAAACAGGAACUCAGAAUGUUGAUGAAUGUGAUGGUGCUGGCACUGUGACGACAAGAAAAGUACAGUUUAGUGAUGAUGUUGAAGUUCAUAAGUUCGUUACAUGGGAAUAUGCUUAUCGCAAAGCAAGACUUGGGCCAUGGAAAGAYUUAGCUGCAGAUAGACUUCACUUCAAAAGAAGGAUUGAAGAAGUAAGAAAAGUUGUAGAACCUGUUUUGAAGAACAAAAUUGCAAUGAUAGCWUAGCGAUAAACAAUUUUAGUGCGUUUUCUUUGCCAAAAGACCUCAUAUAGACACUUAGCUUCUGAAGGCUGUUGCUUUAUCGUUUUGCAGUGAAAACAUUCUAGCCAUGGAACUUUGACGUUUUUUAUUUCAUCUUUCGGAAGCAAAAUGAUUGGAUUUGUGAUUAUUAUGUUAAAAAGAUACUUUAUUGAAACUCAGUCCGGAUUUUCAGGGUUUUUGAAACAAUAAGAAGUGAAGAAAAUUUAAAAUAYAAAGUUGAAGGUCGCGGUUUGAGCGUUUUCACUGUAAAAUCACAUUCAAUCAAAGCAGAGGGAUUUCAUAAGUGGACGGGACAAAUAAAUAUUCAAAUAAACACAGCUGCAUACGCAGUUUAUCCAUUUAUGAAUUCCCUCCCGCUUCAAUAUAAUUAUUAGACUUUCUUCAAUCAUAUUUAGAGAGGUCUGCGAGUUUAUUAGAUUGCUUUGCUGUUUUAGUUCCGGCGUGCGUCUCCAGAAAGUGCUUGCGUUCUUAAUCGUUUAUAUUGACAACAAUUUUUGAAGAUUGAAUUGUAGUUYUGAAAAUUUUAAAAUAUAAUUUGCAGUAAUUUUCUCUCGGUCAUGCAAAGAGGACUGAGACAGCAAGAAUAUURACCUGGCGCUACAAUAAGAAAGCUUUGAACAACCUCGCUCUUAUUAUAUGCUUUUUUUUCACUUUCUAUAAACACAGAAAUCGAACGCUUUUAGUAAAGAAACGCUUACCUUAGUUUGUGAUUAUGAAAAUGAAAAUAUUUUUUUAAAAUUAUCGAAUAAACCAGGUAGUAUAUUUACAUGGGGGGUUUUCUGAUUCUAAAACUAUAACUAUAUUCCAAUGAAGCAAACUGCAAUAAAAAUAUUCCAAAUCAAAAAA